AAGUCGACUCUGCGGAAAACGAACUUACAAAUUUGUUUAACACGACGAGGAAAUAAUACACGUUUAGAUGUGAUAAUGCUUGAUUGAUUCAUAUGCAUCAGAAUCCUCUUAUCUGGAAUUUUAUAGGAUUGGUUGACACCAAACAGUUGAGAAUAAGAGGAUAUUGAGUAUUUCUUCUUCCUUUUUUUCUGGGAACAAGUGCAACAGAGCCAACGGCGUCAACAGCUUGUUUCUUGGAAAAUUGAACUGUGACUGUGUUCUGCUGUGCUCACUGUUCUAUGAUCGUCCCUGCAUGUGGUAAGAGCUAUUCAAUAAAGACUUGGUUGAAGUGAGGCAUGAGACACGCGGACUCCUCCAGUGCCGCACUACGAUUUCCACGUGCAACAGCCGCCACGUCUUCACCACCUGACUCUCCAGCCGCCCGCACGUCGCCACCUCACUCGCCCUCACCUCGAUCUUUGCCGCGCCCAAACAUUGCUACCCGUUUGUCUUCCUCCCCGUUGGGAGACAGAGGCACUCCCAGCUACUCCUCUGCUCCCCAGCGCAAGCCUGCCGCGCCUCACGCCAUGAUGCCCAGCCGCAGCAGGAGCCGUAGUCGCAGCAACAGCAGCAGUAGCAGUAGUGCCAGCAGCCACAGCAACAACAGCCGCCGUCGCCGCCGCAACAACAACAACAAUAACAGCAGCAGCAGGAGCCGCAGUCGUAGUCGCAGCCGCAGCGGCUCGCCCGCCUCAACGCGAGUGCACGUCGGCAACAUCGGCGACGACCCGUCCAAGACAGCGCUGAUGAAGGCCUUCGACAAGUUCGGCAGCGUGCAGGAGCUGUGGUUGGCGCGCACACCACCUUGCUUCGCUUUCGUCGUGUACCGCCACCGCGACGACGCGCAGCGAGCCGUGACGGAGAUGAACGGACAGAUGCUGCACGGCAACCGCCUCAAGGUGUCCAUCGCCAGGCCGCGGACGCGGGGUCAGCGGGGCGGCGCCUUUAACCCCUACCUGCGCUGCUACCAGUGCGGCGUGCGCGGCCAUUUCUCGCGAGACUGCAAGGAGGUCGACCGUCGCCAAGGUUACAGGGAAUGGUAUGGAAUGGUAUCUGCAUAACAGCUUGUGCUACUUAAUUGUACGUGGUGUGGUGAAAUGGGGGUCACGCCAAGGCACGGGUGUCAAACCACGGCAGUGCCUAAGUACAUUGGUGCCUGUCUCUCAGUGCUGUCGCGCAAGCUUUGCGUCGAGCAGGGAGGAGAGGUACCGAGGUGUGCAAUUCAGACGGCGGGAAACUCUGGAUGGUACGGAUGGUACAGAACGAGAAAGAGAGAGCAGUACACAUGGUGUGUAGAGAAGUCCACAGCGCCAGGGAGGGUCGUCUCCAACAGAAGGAUAUUUUAUUAUUCGUGAACAUAAUGAUUUUUAUUAAGGGUAAACUGUCAACACUGGAAUUUGUAUACAAUUUAUGUGUUGCUUAGAAAGAGUGCAUGUGUUUGAAGGAUGUGUGGACUGUCUGAGAAAGAAACGUCUGUUUUAGCGUGUGUAUGUGUGUGUUUGUGAUUACCUAUGAGAGUCAUGGUGGCGGUGCCGUAUGCGUGUGUGUUUGUGUUUUUGUGUGUGUGUGAGAGAGAGGAGGGAGGGAAUUGUGAUUGCUCGAGAGUCCGAGGAGGUAGGGGAUUGGAGUGCCGUGUGUGUGUGUGAGAGAGAGACUGUAAAUGUGCACGCGUCAGUAUGUAUAUAUAAUGUCCUCAGUGUCGUCACCUGGCACAAACGUCUUACUGUUAUCACCAUUUCGUUUCAGGAAUCGCGGCCGCGCAAUGGGACCCAGAAGAAGGGACAUGAGAUAAUCAGCUAGACCCCUUCAGUCGCAAGCUACUCCAAAAGCUCGACAGUAUUCAACUUUAACGUGUUUUUUUGUUCUUUUAAAAAAAACUUUUCUUCAGGAUUUUGAACUUGAUAUUUGUUUCCUCGUCUGAUUACAAUAGAUAUUGCCGACAUGCAGCUGACAGCACUCGCCACCAUGUUCCAGCAGCCCAUUCAUUCGGUGAGAAGAGGUAAUGAUCUGUACUGCAAACAUCGUGACACGUGACUGUAGCGGAGGGGGAGAGUGUGGAAAUGCUACAGCGAAUAUGACCAAGCGAAUGUAUUUUAAUGAAGAACUUCAGCUCCCAGCAACUGAGGACAAAAUGUGUGCUGUGUACGAUGUCACUGGCGAGUUGACGGAAGGUCCAGGCAGCAGCAGACGUUACCAUCAAAUGUCACACAAUGUCAUCUAGACCCCAGGAGAGAGCAACACAGCGGGUGCAGUUAAACGAACACCCAGCAGGAUGUGGCAAGUUGGUCAGAUAUAGGUAGGCCGACGGUUCACGGGUACUGCUUGCAUGAGCGGAACUGGUAGGUAGAGGACAUUGUCCAUCGAGAUGCUCAAGCCAGACAAGUCUCGCUCUAGGACCAGCCGUCUGCUCACAGUUCACUUCCCUGCCAUAUACCCCCUUUUUAGUGGAGACUGUAUUUACGGCGGUCGUGGAAUAUAUGGCUCUUAGGCGGAAGGAUAAUUCAGUGCUACGGUCAGUACGCGCAACGGAAAAUUCUUGCUCUGCUAAUGCGUUGAGGACGUCUUGAUGUUUUCGAAACUUCUGUCAAGACAAAAUUUUGCUGAAAAUGUAGGCUUUGCGUUUGUAGCAGUUGCUGCUUAACAAAGCAGAUUUAUAUCUAUUAUCUGGCUAAAGAGUAAUGUGUGAAAGAGUGCAUUAAUGAAUCGGUUAUUUUAAUGAGUAAAAGAUUGAGUAGCGAGGUGGGGCAGGGUGGGGAAUAGAGCUUUACCAAUGCACGCAGGGGCGAUUGGUAUAUGUGUGUUCAGUAUAGCAGUAAUAUUUUCUUACAAUUUUAGUGUUUAGUAACGUUCACUUCUUGGGAGCAUUUGUCAAGGGGGGGAAAUUCCACUUGUCAUAAAAAGCUCACGCAAGGAUUCUAGAGUUGUCUCACUUGACGCCAGCAAGCAGCUUGGGUUGUCUCUCUUAGACCACGGACCCACGUUCUAGAAAACAAAAAUGUAUUCUCAGCUGCGAGCUGCCUCAGUUCAUGUUUACCGGAACCUGUGCUGUAUCUUUCUAACGGUAGAAGGUUUACGGAUUUGUUUUAACGUUAUAAGAUUUUAAGUUUUGUGUGUGUGUGUCAACAGUAAACGUUUUGGAUAGUUCGCCUCCAGCUAUCUUCUAGUUGGCUAGGCAGACACCAAAAACCCUCAGACAUCACAAGACCAGAGUUAUAUGUCUAUACCUCAACACUUUCAAUAAUGCAAGUUCUAGUUUUAAAGCCUGUUCUUCCUCUCUUAUACCUUUUACCAGUUAGGUUCUUGAUUCAUUGAUAUUUGAGUCCGUGCUUGAUGCUUUAUUAUUCACUGCUUGUCUGCUCUUGAAGUAGUGAGUGGUAUACUAUCAAGCUGACUUUAACUCUUGCUUUUUGUAGCUAUGCUGGUUUUGUUCCACUAGAUAGUUUGCAGCUUUGCUGUUGAGUUGUGUCGUUCUUGAUAGUAGCGCCUCUUUUUGCGAUGAUGCCGUGCAGGAAUAGAGUGAAUAGAGGGCGUUGUUGCCGAGACCUUUAGCGCUCACUUCUCUCUCUCUUCACUGUCUGCACAAAGUAAUCAGAAUAAAUUUUCUUAUGUACGAGUGUUCAUAUCAGUACCGCAAGCGCUUGCGGCAGCGGCAGUUGUGACACGAGAGACGGCUCAAGCCCGCGGCACGCAGUGCAUGCACACCAUACGAGAUUCAGCUAUUACGAACUUUAAGGAAAAGGAUGUAUUGGAAUCACUAGACUUGCGCGUGAGAGUGUAGCACAACUCAGGAAUCCUUUUCACUUUCACACUUAAUGCGCAUGGCCAUUUUCACCGCUUCCUGCCACUGUCAUUCGUUUGCAGGCGCGCACACCUCUCGCUCUCUCUCUAACAUAUAUAAUUAAAUACUCGCACGGAGGUGAAGACAUCUACCACGCGGUUCACUUUGGGUUGAGAGGAGUCCACUGUUAUGCUUUGUGCUGGAAUAGUUUAGCGCAUGCAGUCUUAGGGAGGGGGGAUUCUGUGCUGACGUGUGUCAGAGAAGGUCCAUGGCCUCUAAAGCAUGGCGUCUUUGUUGGAACAAGUGGAUCAGUCGUGGAAACAUGUUAAUGAUAAAUAAAGUUUGUCUCCUCUG